CUAAACGCAAGAGUUAGAGAAAACAAAAAAAUCGUGUUGACAAGUUUUCCACCAAGAAAUUUAUCCCUCAUGGAGAAUGGAUAUGCAACUUUGCGUUGUGUUUUAAAAGUGCACCUUCGUUGUGAUGCAUGCAAGAGACACACCAUGGAAAUACUAGGUUCCAUUGUUGGCACAUACGAUAUUACUAUGGAUGCAGAGAGAAGAACAGCCAUGAUUGUGGGGCAAGUCGAGCCAAACUAUUGUAUCAGAGCUAUAACCAGAUGCGACGGACACGCAGAACUCGUGUGGGCAAAUCUCAGCCAUCCAAGGACACGUGGCACAUCGUACGGCUACGGUUCAUCGUCGUAUUACGACAGCUUCGGAGAAUCCUAUGGCAUGUGGCGCGAGGAUCCAACGAGGAGCAUCCCUGAUUAUUCUUACACUGCAAACAACAUCAACUAUGAUCGCAGGCGGCGCGACCCUUAUUAUCCGCUUAUCGAUUAUACCAUCCCUUACCACAUCGAAGAAUCUAUGAACCUUUGUAGCAUACUAUAAUCAGUUUCGGUAUUUUACACUUGUGCACAAA